AUGGGCAAGUCGGGUUCGGGCAAGACAAGUAUGCGAAGCAUUAUCUUUGCAAACUUCAUCGCCAGAGAUACUCGUCGCCUCGGACCCACAAAAAGCCAGGAGGUUAACAAGGACCUUGCCUACUAUCGCUCAUGUCUCGAAGCUAUUAAUCAGCAUUCUCCAGAUGCUAAGAUUUUCUGUCUUAUUCAUAAGAUGGACCUGAUCAGCGAAGAGCGACGGAAAAGUCUCUUCCGGGAGCGUAUGAAAAACCUAGAAUCCAUCACCAAGCCAGCUGAAUGCACCUGUUUUGCCACCUCCAUCUGGGACGAGACUCUUUAUAAGGCCUGGUCGAAAAUUGUUUAUCAUUUGAUCCCCAACGUACAGCUCCUGGAAAGGAGUCUGAAGCAGCUGUGCGAGGUGCUGGAGGCAGAUGAAAUCAUCCUCUUUGAGAGGGCUACCUUUUUGGAGAUAGCCUGUCACACUGCGAAAGAACAUCCAGACAUUCACAGGUGUGUCCGCUUGCUUAUGCCGAAAUGUUUUUUUAUCGCUAGAAUAGUUGUCAGGUUUUACUUAAUAAAAAUCUGUACUGGGUUAUAA